CUGCCAUAACGCAAACAACGACGAGAAGACGUGACAUAUUUUCAACACCCUACGUGUCGAACGGUCGUACGUGAAGAUCUGACGCACUCUCCCAGUCUUCUGGACUCUGCCGUCUCUCCUUCACUUUGCCUGGUUCGCCACAAACACUAGCUACUACACCCUCGGUAGAGACUACGGCUGUGCACCGAUUGUAAACCAAAGCGGUCAGCAGGGGUCAUGAGGGUGUCGGAGGCCCCGGUUGCUGUUCAGAGCAGCUGAAGCAGACAUGGGCAAAGAAGUCUCAAAUGGCAUCGGUAGGCUCGGCCUCAUCGACAUCACCAGCCACUUCCUCCUUCGCCACAAACACCACUGGCUACGCAACAAGUUGUCUGUAUUUGCCAGCAUCUCUGAGUAAGACUUUGCAAUGAGAAUGUCCGAUACAGUUGACACUGAAACGAUGAAAGUUUCCGAAGCUGCCGAAACGGUGCCAUCUCCAAAAGACAACGCCACCAAAUCUGAGAUCACUGACCAGAGCCAGAGCAGCAGAGAUGAACACGGCAGCAACAACAACCGGGACGUACAGCCUGUGAAGUAUUCUAAGUCCAACACCAGGCUAAAGCUGGUGCGGAGCUUGGCAGUGUGUGAAGAGUCCUUUCCUUGCGCUAUUCCUGAGCCUUCUGCAGCACCUCAGGAUGGAUUCCUUGUCCAGCCCUUUGAAAAGGAAGAUCGGGCCCCACAGGACCAGGCUGAGAAAGAGGACUGCUGCGAUAAGGCGGACAAACCUGAGAAAACGCCAAGAAAAAUGCUGUCGAGAGAUUCCAGCCAAGACUACACCGAUUCAACUGGCAUCGAUCUCCAUGAGUUCCUGGUCAACACGUUGAAGGGCAACCCCAGGGAUCGAAUCAUGCUACUGAAGUUGGAACAGGACAUCUUGGACUUCAUCAGCAAUAAUGAAAGCCAAAAGAGAAAGUUCCCACCCAUGACGUCCUACCACAGGAUGCUGCUACAUCGGGUGGCUGCCUACUUUGGCAUGGACCACAAUGUGGACCCCAGUGGAAAGUCCGUGGUGAUUAACAAAACCACCAACACUAGAAUACCCGAUCAGAAAUUCUCCGAGCACAUCAAGGAUGACAGGGCGGACGAUUUUCAGAAACGCUACAUUCUAAAACGAGACAACUCCAGCUUUGAUCGUGAAGACAGCACGAUUCGAAUGCGUUUGAAAGCUGACAAGAGGAGCAAAUCGAUGGAGGAGAGGGAGGAGGAGUACCAGCGAGCCAGAGAAAGGAUAUUUGCACAUGAUGGAGAUCACUUCAUACUAGAUAGAAGUGCUCAGGAUGAAGGCGCAUGCAUGAGCACCCAACAGAGGCGGCAAAUGUUCAGGCUACGGGCCGGUCGGUCGGGCGCCAGCCGGCAGAGUAGCUCCGAGACAGAAACGCUGCCGCGGCACGGCGAGCCUCGGCCGUGGAGCAGCACCGACAGCUCGGACAGCUCCAACCGACUCGCCCCGCGCCCCCCCAUCACAAAGGCCAGCAGCUUCAGCGGCAUUUCCCCCGGCCUGGUCCGGGGGGACAGCACAGCCAGCAGCAAGAGCACGGGGAGGCUCUCCAAAACAGGUUCAGAAUCGUGCAGCAGUGUCGGCUCCUCGUCCAGCUCUCUAUCCCGUCCCCAGCUGCCUCUACCAGUGUCAGCUCCGUCCUGGUCCAACAUCCCCGGAGCGCCCUUAAUCCACAUAGCCGCUGACACUAGAGGGUCUGGGCACCCUGAGAUGAUCAAGGGCGUCCCGUCACAGCCACCAUCAGCUACAGACGCAACAAACUUUUAUGUGUUGCCGCUGGAAGCCUCAGGGAUACCGCCCGGCAGCGUUCUGGUCAACCCACACACAGGCAAGCCUUUCAUCCACCCCGAUGGCAGCGCCGUCGUUUAUAACCCGGCCUCUGUCGCCCCCGCUGCUGGUAGGAACCCACAGCAGGGGAAAACCCCACAGCAGCCAAUCCCUGUCCCGACACAGCACCAACAGACCAAUCACCUCCACUCUCAGCCGAUCUGUCCUCCUCUCCAGCUGUCCUCUGAGCCUGUUCACAACCCAACGGUCUCGUAUCCUCUUCCUCCUUCUCAGUUCCUGCCCGUCUGUCAUAACCAACAGUACACUGUGCCUGAUGCCCUCAACGCCCAGUUCAGUCACAUGACUCUGGCGCAGCAGCCGCCCGGCAACAGUGGGGCUUCAUCCUCGGACGCCCGCCACUAUCCGACUGUAUACCACCACCACCCCUCCCAGAUGGUACUGCAUGGAGCUCCGCAGCAGCAGCAGCAGGUUGCUAGCUACAUGGUGGCAGGGCCAUCAGGAGGACCCCCAGGGGUGCUGCAGGGUCAGCCUGUCCCAACCCCAGGCCCCAACCACACCUAUCCCAGUUCCACCCCGGGCCCUGCUGCUUUUUCUGGAUCCACGCUGAACCAGCAGCUGCUCCAGCAACACACCUACAUCCAUCAGCCCGUCCAGCAGAUGUCCGCGUGUUACUGCUCUUCAGCCCACCACCCCCACUGCUCCAGCCAGCAGCAGAACUACCGGGCCCCUGUCAACUUGCUGUCCUAUAACUGCCCCCAGAGCCAAAACCUGCCCCAGCAACAAGUGCACCAAGCCAUGAUGCCAAACCCAGCAUCCAGCUACCAGACCAUAGUGGGCAUGCAGCCAACAUCUACCGUCGCUCUCACUGGCAACCAGCAAAGCAAUAUGGGCAACCAGAUGCAAGGCAUGAUGGUCCAGUACCCUCCAAUGCAGUCUUAUCAGGUCUCUGUGCCACAGCAGACGUACCAGCAGCCAGUGUUUGUGUCCUGUCAGCCAGGACAGGGGGCGGUGGCUGUUGCUGGCAUGCAGCCCUGCUACAGCCUGCUCCCCCCUAACCAGCACACCACCAUGAGGUACCAUCUCAGGUUAAACAACACAGACACUCUGCAAAUGUUCCAAAAUUCAACAGUGAGUUUCCUGCCUGCCCAGAUGAUGGAGCAGCUCCAGUUUCCUCAGACCUCGUCCUCCUGCGUCUCCCAACAGCACCCAGGCCAGCAGUACGCAGGGUUGUUGCCCCCCGCCCACGGCAGCAGCAUGGUGAUGUUGCAAAUGACGGCGCCCUCCUGCCAGCAGCCCCGGGCCCCCUCCCCCUGCCAGCGGAAACAGCCCAGCCACAAACACUCGGGCCCCGAGCACCAGCGCAGCCGCAGGCCUGCUGAGCUCCCCCCACCUCCAGACAACACCCAGAGCAGCCUGCCCUUGUCUCCGGCACUCACUCCCUUGCCAGGCCAGCCACCCAGCGUCAAGGGCCUCCCAUCAGGCAUCUCGUCCAUCCAUGUCAUGGCCCACCACCCGCACCACCACCACCACCCGCCGCUCCCUACAGCCUUCUGCCACAGUGGACAAGGUGAAGCACACUACUCUCUACUGGGCCAACCUCUGCAGUACAAACCCUCCAUCGGACCUCCGCUGAUCCACACUGCCCACAUGGUGGCCAAACACCAGGGUCCACUGGGGGUUUGGCGUAGCGGUCAUGGGAGGAAGGCCAGCAGAAAAUCUCUGUCUUCAGAUCUCAGUGUAGGUGAAGCAGUGAGCCGUCAGAUCCUGGAUGUGACAGAUCCUCCAGAGGGGAUCAGCUGUACAGACUCCCACCAUCUCCUGGCAAAGCUCUGCAAAGGGAGCCAAUUGAUCCAGCGGCUGUUGGACCAUCAGCCCCAGCUGUGCAACACAACCAGAGACGCUCCCAGCGGACACCUGGCCUCAUCAUACUCAAUCUUUACCAUGCUACCCUCCCGAUAUGCUGCCCAGAGCACCACGCUUCACCACAGCAGCCCCCAGGCAACCUUUAAACUCAGAACUAGUACCAGACACAAAGGGGAGCUGUGUGACUCGGACAAGGCCCAGUCAUAGCUGCUAAGAUCUUGGUGCAUCCAAGGAGCGCCACAUGAACGCACAUCCAACCACCUGCCUCUGCUGCCUCAGUCUGGACUCUCCAAAUAAAAAUAAAAAAAACUAUCAAAUGUUUAGAAAAUGAAUGUUGACUUUUACUUUGUUUUAGUUCAUUUUAUCAUUUUUCUGGCCAACCGGUCUGAGUUUGGUUUUGUUUGUAAAAUGCGUCUGUGGCCACUGAGCUGGCCCCUCUCUAUUCUGAAAAUCUAGUUUGCUGUUUAAAAGUGAAAGUGUUUGGAGAGCUUUGGGUUUCAUUUGCCAGCUGUUGGCGACUCCACUGUGGCUCUUUCAAUAGCAGGUGAAUGAGUGUGACAGCACCAUAUCGAGCUAAACAUACACAUAUUCUACUUGUUUCUGGUUCACGAAUGUUUUGUGCCCACUUUUGAAAAUUAAACUAUUAGAAUUCGGGGCUCCUUACCAUAUUAAUGCAUUGAAACUGAGCAUCUCAUAGCCAGUGUUUUAUUUUAUUUAACAUUCAUCAACAGUUCCAUCAUCUGUGUCCUAGCCACUGACUCAUAAAACUGAGCAGCAUUAUCUUCCGUUAGGUACACAGGAAUGGGUUACUUCUCAUGUAUAACAUGCUUCUAACAAUAACAUGCAGCAACACUUGUACAAUGUGAGCCCAUCCAAUAAUAAACACUGAAUAAUAGAUAUACUACCUGAAUUAUUUAAAAUCACUUUUAUACACAGUGAAUGUUGGAUUUGCACUGAAGUGAUGAACGAGAUGGAGAUUUGAUUGGUAUCGGACAAAGGCCUGGAUUUUCUUUUAUCAACCCCCUCGUUGCACUCGGCCAGGCCACUUUCUUUUAUAUUUAAUUAAAAUGUUUAUAUGCACAAGAAAAAUGCAAUCGAGUUUGUCACUCUACUUGGCUUCUUUUUGGGGGGAUUUUGUUUGUGUGAAUCAUGAGAGGUGUUCUGUGUCUGGUGUGGCUUUUCUUUAUUUUAUUUGUUUUUGGUUGGACUCUAAUAAAUGUUUGCACCACA